GAGGGGAAGGCGGCCGCUUCCUCGUUCCUGCCCUCCUCUUCUGACCCUUCUCCGGCUCGGCUCUGCUAUCAUGGACAGCAUCCUGGAGCCCUUCCCCUCGGAGCGCCUCUUCCCCGGAGGCGCCUCCAGUUUCUUAGACCUGGGCGAUUUAAACGAAGUGGAUUUUCUCAACAAUGUGCAUUUCUCCGAGAGCUUUGAUCAUUUCUCAGAGAACAUGGAGGAUUUUUCCAAUGAACUAUUCAACAGCUUCUUUGAUGACCCCAUUCUGGCAGAAAAGAACCCUUUGCUUGACAUGGAUCUGGAUCCUCCCACUCCUGGUAUCCAAGCAGAGCACAGCUAUUCCCUCAGUGGAGACUCCGCUCCCCAGAGCCCUCUCAUGCCAGUCAAGACAGAAGAGAAUGCCAAUGACUUGGAAAGUGGAAUGUGGUCCCUCCAGCAUAAACUAUGUUCUAUCAUGGUGAAGCAGGAGCAGAACAUGGCAACAGAACUUCCCGAGACCCAGCUGGCAACUAACUCAGUGCCCAUGUUAAAUCUUAACCCGCUGCAGAGGUUGCCAGCCUCCGAAGAGGCUUCCAUAGAAAUGGCUCCCCAACCUGUAAUCAAAGCUGAACCCAGAGAGGUGAACCAGUUUCUGAAUGUACCAACAGAUGACCUGGUGCAGAUGCCUCCUACUCCUCCUAGCAGCCAUGGCAGUGACAGUGAUGGAUCUCAGAGCCCGAGGUCCUUGCCGCCCUCCAGUCCAGUCCGUCCUGCUGCUCGCUCUUCUACAGCAAUCUCUUCUUCUCCUCUCCUCACAGCACCACAUAAAUUACAAGGGACAUCAGGACCUCUGCUUCUAACGGAGGAGGAGAAACGUACCCUUAUUGCUGAGGGCUAUCCUAUCCCAACCAAGCUGCCUCUCACCAAAGCAGAGGAGAAAGCAUUGAAGAGAGUCAGGCGAAAGAUCAAGAACAAGAUUUCUGCACAAGAGAGUCGUAGGAAGAAGAAAGAAUAUGUGGAGUGUCUGGAGAAAAAGGUUGAAACUUAUACGUCUGAGAACAACGAACUGUGGAAAAAAGUGGAGACUUUGGAAAAUGCAAAUAGGACUCUGCUCCAACAAUUACAAAAGCUGCAAGCUCUGGUAGCAGGGAAAGUUGCUAGGCCAUACAAAAUGGCUUCCACACAGACAGGGACCUGCCUGAUGGUCCUGGUUUUAUGCUUUGUUCUGGUUCUGGGCUCCAUGAUGCCGUGCCUCCCAGAAUUCUCAGCAACAUCACAGACAGUGAAAACAGCUCCAACACCAGACAUUUACACAACCAGCAAAAUUCAGUCCCGGAGCCUCCUGUUCUAUGAUGAGCCUGGAGGCUCCUUAGAAGACAGCUACAGCUCCUUCCUCUCUGUGGAGCAUCCCGAAAACUGGGAAGCUGACAAAGGGCAGAGUGAGGGGUGGCAGCCCCCGGAGCACGCACACAGCCCCCUGGCUGUGACCCAUGAAACCGCCAAAUACCUGAACAAACCCCACCUGGAGAGUCCAAACCAGAACCAAACCAACUCAUCUCUCACUCACCCUGAGGAGCCAUUCCAUAAGAGAGAGAGAAGCUCCAGUGAUUCAGCUGAAUACUUGUAGCGGCUGCCAGCCCUCAAGGCCUUGACUGUCUGGGUGCA